ACCGGAACUAUCGUCGAAUCAUGCUUCAGCCUGGGUUAUGUAGUAGGUAAAUACAACAACUUACUAUACAAGGUAUGUACCUUUUCCCCACAUUCAUCAUGUCACAUACAUGCAUAUUUGAACAUUCAAUCCCUCUCGUCACCACACACUAACUGGCUACCUUACGUAAUACCUCUUACUUUCACAUACACUUACACAUACACACACUCACACACUCACACACUCACACACACGUACAUCAUACUAUAACAACAAUGAGCAUCUUCCUCGACUUCGACGGCACCAUCACCGCCCAAGACACCGUCAGCUCCCUCGCCAAGUUCGCCCUCGGCGUCCGCGCAGCCGCAGGCGAGGACCUCGCGCAGGAGUGGGACGGCGUCGUGCGCGCCUACGUCGACGACCACACCUCCCGCGUGGAGGCGUACUCUCCCGCCGCAUCUUCGCGCUCCUCCCCAGCCCAGGAAGUGGCGUUCCUCCGCCAGCUGAAAGGCGUCGAGAAGAGAUCGCUGGGCCGCAUCCACCGCUCGCAAGUGUUCCGCGGCAUCGAGCCCGCUGCGUUCCGCGCCGCGGGGGCGGGGUUGGUGAGGGAGGGGACGGUGGUGCUGAGGGCGGGGUUUAGGGGGUUCGUGGAACGGAGGUUGAGCGAGGGCUGGCGCGUCUGGGUGCUCUCGGUCAAUUGGAGCUCGGCGUUUAUCGAGGGCGCGUGCGGUGGGUUGGAGGGGGUGAGGGUUAUUGCGAAUGAUAUACGGGAGGAUGGGGCGAUUGCUGGGCCGGAGAUAUUGAAUCCAUCGAGUGCGGAAGAAGGGGACUACGAGCCCCGGAUCUUGACGAAUUCGAGGGAUAAGUUGGAUGCGAUGGAAGCCACGCUUCGGGCGGAGGGGUUGGUGGGAAAACCGUCGGUCUAUUUUGGUGACUCGACGACAGACCUGGAGUGUCUCCUCGCUACGAGCCAGGGGUUUGUGGUUGCGGACCAGGAUGAUUCUUCGCUGUUGAAGACGCUGGUGAGGAUAGGAAAGGAGGUUCCCCAUGUGAGGGAUCAGAGUACGGAAAAUAAGCUUGCGUGGACAUCGAAUUAUGAGAAUAUACCGGAUGAUAGAUUUGUCUUAAGUUGAUAUUGACUCAGUACUUAUUUAUACCUUGUCAUUUCUACAUGUAUUCGGCGUAGUUUAUUGCUCUUGCUCGCGGUUGAGGUUACAGUGUCUAACCUACGAGGAGAUGGUCAUUAGCCCCUUAAUAAGUCAGCAUCUCCCAGGGUGAUAUUUAGUGCUUUGUGCCUUUCUCGUUAAAUAUAUGUAAUAAAAGACAAAGGUAC